GACAUCACAUUAACAUUUCGUAAGGAAAAAGACAGCUACUGAUUGUACCAACAAAGUGUUAAGUGACGAUUAGUUUAUUUGUGACAAGUUUUUUAUAUUCAUGUUAGAAGAGUUUGCUCAAGAUAUCUGGUCCCUGAAAGCUACUCAAUAUUAGAACAGAACGUCAAAGUAAAAAAUCAUGAAUAAUAAUAAUAAUAAUAAUAAUAAUAAUAAUAAUAAUAAUAAUAAUAAUAACAAUAUCGAGAAAGGUGUCGAAACCUCUUGACUUCCUCCUUCAAAAAUGGUGUUUGCACAAAAAUCCACUGACUAAACUUAUCUUUUCCCAUUAUAGAAAUUUUGCAAAGACAGGCCACAAGAAAGAAACAUUUGAAUAAAUUUUGUCAAACACAUUCAUACAAGAUCCCAGUUGCUGAUGACUUAAAGUUUAUCCUAGUAGACGAUAAAAACAAGUUUAUGUACUGCACGAUUCCAAAGGUUGGUACUACAACAUGGAAAAACGUGUUCGGUAAUCUUCGACGCUUGAAAGAAAACUCCUUUGAAAACAUUCACCAAUGGGACCUCUGGCAUCGAUUGAGUGCGUACUCGGAGAAAGGAAGGCGAAAGAGAAUUAACACUUAUUUUAAAUUCGUCUUCGUUCGCGAACCUUUUAUUCGCUUGAUCUCUGCCUUUAAAGACAAAUUUCUUGGUCUGGACAAAUGGUACACGAGCAGGGAAGCUCGUGAAGGCAUUACAAAAGCUUAUCGACCGCAAGAUUUUGACCCAAAUGGAGACAACAACGUCACCUUUGCAGAAUUCGUUCAAUAUUUUUCCAAUAAUGUUUCGCGCAAUGCACACUGGCGAGAAUACGAAAAAUUGUGCCAUCCGUGUUUUAUCAACUACGACUUCAUUGGUCAUUUAGAAACUAUGCAAGAGGACGCUCCCCUUGCCUUAAAAUUGGCGGGAAUUGACUCCCGCGUCACUUUUCCGCCAAUUCACGAAUCAACCUAUAACUGUGAGGUGCUGGAGUAUUUUUCCAAGGUCCCCCCAGAAUACAUCACGCGAUUAGGCGAAGUGUAUCGCAGAGACUUUGAUAUGUUUGGGUAUGAUUAUCUAAGUCACGUGCGACCGCUUCUAAUUGGUAACGAAAACAGAUCGAGCACUCAAUCGUAGAGUAACUUGACGUAUGGUGAUACAUCCUUCUACAAAAUAAUACUUUGGCAUGAGUCAGUUUUAUGCUCAGCGGAAACAAGCUAGGAGCGCACGCGCACGCGUUCUCUGCGCUCUCUUGUCAGUCUACUUUCCCGGGAGCCUGGG